AAGAGGGCUUAAAAAAUCAAACUUUCAACUUUUCCAAGGGGCGAAGUAAGCAUAAAUGCCACCAUGAAACGAACUCAUUGAAACACAUAAAAGGACAUUUGUUUAGACAGUGCGCUAACUCCCAUAAAAUACACAUUUAUGGGACUCUUUUUCUGUACUUUUACCAUUCCUUCAUACAUACAAUACAUCUCCAACCAAAGAUGACUGUAUACCAAAGUUGUCACCCAAAGAAUCUAUCUUUAACCCUUACAGAACCCCUUGUCUUCCCAAAGUAUCAAUCUUUAUCCCAUACAGAACCACCUGUCUACUUCCUUUACUCUUGGCAAUUCUAGGGGUUGCCAUGUUGCUUCUUUAUAAAAACCUCCCAUUGUUCUACCUUUAGGUCUUUCAGUGCAUUGGAACUGAAGUGCAACAGUGAAGCCAUAAUCGAACCCGUAGCCUCGUCUAUCUGGUGAUAUUGCAGUAACAGAAAGUGUAAGUGGAUCAUUGCAAUGAACAGAGGAAGAAUGAAUGCUGUGAUACUUUUUUUCUGCCUGACUUUAGCUGCUAUUUCUCUCACUCAUUGUGAUGCAGAUAGAUCAAUAAGACUAUUGAAAGGCCUUAAACACAGAAGAAAUAUAAUCAACAAGAACCCAAAGAAGUUGAAAAUAGUUAAACAUUUUGAUUUUAACCCAUCAAUAUAUUCAUCAAAUGCACGGCCCUAUAGUAUUAGUUCUCCAUUAUCUUUGGCUCCUUAUGAAUCAAUAGCUCCAAUUUCAUUGCCAGAAAACAACCCUCCAUAUUGUGUAUAUCCACCACCAAGUACUCCUUCUAUCAUUAUUCCAACACCCACAGGCUCUCAACCUAUCCUACCAUCACCUCCUUACUAUUACACCUCACCUGAUCUUCCAACCCAAAACCCACCUCCAACCUCAACAACCAUAACACCAGGCCCACCAGAAAAUUUACCAACACCAACACCUGAAAUUGUUCCAAGCCCACCCAGUAGUAACAUACCGAGCCCACCUAGUAGUAACAUACCGGGCUCACCAGAGCCUAUAUUUAAUCCUCCCAUCAUUUUUCCAGGCCCACCCGAGUCAUCAACGAGCCCACCUUAUUUUGAGCCUGCCCCACCAUACUAUGAGCCCACACCACCACUCAUGCCUUCCCCUAUUGAUGGCACCAUCCCCAUCCCACCAAGCACUUUCCCUUCUCCUGGUGGAGAUACAGUCCCCAGCCCACCAAGCACAUUUCCAUCUCCUAGUGGAGGCACUGUCCCAAGCCCAACUGUAUUUCAGCCACCGGUGGUCUACCCACCACCAAGUGUGCCGCCACCACCCAACACGGCCCCGCAGACCACCUUGUGGUGUGUGGCUAAGGCUUCAGUUCCAGACCCAAUCAUUGAAGAGGCCAUGAAUUAUGCAUGUUGGUCAGGAGCGGAUUGCACUUCGAUUCAGCCCAAUGGGCCUUGCUUUCAGCCCGACAGUGUAUUUGCACAUGCUUCAUAUGCCUUCAAUAGUUACUGGCAAAGGACUAAAGCUUCUGGUGGCACUUGCGAGUUUGGAGGGACAGCCAUAUUGGUUUCAGUUGACCCAAGCUAUGAUGGAUGCCACUUCAUCUACAACUGAUCAAGGGGAAUUUUUUUCUUCCUUUCUUUAGAAGAAAACCACUUUUGGAACGAACCAACGCUUGAAGAGUGAAGACAAUCUUUGUGUUAUAAGUUUUAGCUCCCCCUUUUUCUUGUGGAAAUAUGUUGUUAUCUCACGGACACAAGCAGAUUUUGUAUUUUGUAGGUAGUGUAGAAUAAUACCAUUGAUUUCUAGUUUAUUGCCAUUAUCUAACUAAAUUAACUACUUUAUACUAGUUUGAA